CGAGACACGAUACGUAGGCCGGGAACUGACAAACAAUUCUCGGAAUUAGAAUAUAGAAUUCAUUGUUGAGUGUUUGAAGUACAUUAUGGCGACGCAGCGUCAGGGUGAAAUCAAUAGACCAUCUUUUCUAAUAAAAGACAUUUUAUUUGGGAACGUUGGAAAAGAUGUGUCGGGCGAUACAGAUACUGAUGAGAAAAACAUUGAACAUCACAUAUCGGAGGAAAAACCUGCAAAGCUAGCAGCCGAUACGACGGAAUUAGAGAAAUGCCAAGGUGGAGGGAAUGCUAGACUCGAUAAACAGUAUUCAAGUAGGCCAAGAAAAACGAGAAAAGCCAGGACAGCUUUCACGGACAGUCAGCUGAAUGCCUUGGAGAGACAUUUUGAGAGACAAAAGUAUCUCAGUGUACAAGAUAGGCAAGAAAUGGCAAAACGACUAAAACUGUCUGAUACACAAGUGAAGACAUGGUACCAAAACAGGAGAACAAAAUGGAAACGACAAACAGCAGUUGGCUUAGAAUUAUUGGCCGAAUCUGGGAACUUACUGUCGCUAGAACGUUUUAUGGGACGACCUUCGGCGUACACAUGCGACCCAAUGGCCCAACAUGCAUAUGCAGCAGCAAUGCUUGGGUCUCCGGGAUAUAUCACUAGCUGCCCCGCUUCGUGCCCGACAGGCAAGACAAAUGAGUUCGCCACUUCACCGGUAUUACAUAACAACGAUCACUCUGAAACAAAACCUAGUUUGGAAAAGAAGGAGAGGCGGAAGAGAACAUCCUUCACUCAACUACAGCUGCAAUGUCUCGAACGUAAAUUCCACUGCCAGAAAUAUUUGACUGUGUCGGAUCGAUCUGAGGUCUCGGAAAAAUUAUCUCUGAGCGAGACCCAGGUGAAAACUUGGUAUCAAAAUAGAAGAACAAAGUGGAAGCGGCAAACAACGCCUCAAACUCGAGCUGAAGAACUCAGAAACCACGUUUGCGAUGACGAGAGAUGCCCAGCUGUCCGGAGAAUGGUGACCUACCCUAGACAUUUCUGCCAGAGAUGUACUGUUCUCACAGAAGCGGAUAUCAGGCGGGAUAGGAGCAUUUCACAACUGGAGAAGUUUUACGCCAGGCACCUGAAUGUUUGAGUCCAAAUGAAAGUACCCAUGAAUCUCCCUAAUGAUACAUUCUUGGACAUGUAUGCACGUCCGAAAUUGAGUGACCAUUAUAAUGGAUUUGAAACCGUUAUGCGACAAAUUUCAGAAAAUGUGUCUUAGACGAGUGUAGUCGUCCUCGAGUUUCUCAAUUUUACCUUUUGGCGAGAUUUAUCGUCAAGCUCAAGCCCCGUACGAGACAUUACACAACAAAUAGAAGUACAAAUGAUAAAAGAGCUUUAGGUGCAUGAGCUCUGGCAUCACUCGUUAGAAAACUCUAAGAAACAGUCCAGAUGAAGUACCACUCUACAACCUACAAGUCUUAUGGGUCACUCAUAGUCCAGUUCUGAAGUGGACUAAUUAGUCUAACUGUCUAUUUUUGUCAAAUCAAGUGGAUUAAAAAGUAAAACAUAAAACCUUUGUACGUCUGAUCUAAACUAUUGUACUCUGGUUACACUACAUGUAAAAUUAAUUAUCUUCAUAUCUUUUGACCAGGGACUUAAAUGACA